GCCAAUGCCAAAGUUCCGAACAAAUGUUACAUAAAUGCCUUUUUAGACCUACAAAUGACGAUAGACAUUAGUGUAAUUUACGUUCUUCCAGCCAUAGUCAACAAUCAAAAAGGUGCUUUUUUUAGACCUUCAAAUGAUGGCGAUAACGCUGCUCUAACUAGUCUACGAAAUGUAAUGUCUCAAUAUAAUUCGCAAACCCCUACAGCAACUACCAUUACACCUACCCUAAAAUCAGCGUCUAAAAAUAAAAGAAAAUUUUUUGAGGCAUUAUUAACUCAACAACAAACAAUCGAACAACCUUUAAUAGAAGAAUUGGAAGAUUAUUUGUCUAUGCCAACGACUAAUAAAAAUAAUGCUCUUUUAUG